CGGCCACCACGCGACGGGCAGCUUCUGCGCAAGCGAGUGCACAAGAUGAAGCACCUGCAUCCUCUGUUGGGUCGUCGCCAGGUCCAGCUGUUGGCUCGUCGCCAGGACCUGAGCCACAGCAACCUUCCGCUUCACGAGGUGAGGCUUCUCUGGCGAGGACGGUAGGUGGAGCUGUCGGACACGCUAUCGACCCGGCAAACAUGCCGCUAGGAGGCCCAACGUCCACGAUAACCGCCGCCUAUCUCGAGGCGCAGCGCGCGCUGUAUUUCGCAGAUUUUAGCCCUGGAACCGCUGUGCCCACAUCAACGGCUGCCUCGAGCACAAGAUAUCCCGGAGGUGAUGAAGGUGAGAACCGCGAUCAAGUCUCAGGCCAAGUCCCCUGGCCACUGCCUUCUGGUGCAUCGGUUUCCGACGUUAUCGCUGGGGACCGCAUUGCCGCAGACUACAUCAUUAGACAUCCAGAUUUAGACGAAGCACGGCGCCAUUUCUUGUUCGAGAGACUACUCCCAACCGUGAUCCGCUUGACUGCCUACGUCAUGCCAGAAGGAAGCUCGUUUUUUGGGAGGUCUCGAGAGGAACAUCGGCGGGAGUGGAAAACGCACAAUUUCUUGCGGGAUGAUGGUGACGACUCUACUGAUUCUGGGUGGCCUAUUGGAAGUGGGCGGAAAGACAUCAAGAAGGAAAGUAUCAACAAGGGGACAUCGUCAACGAACAUGGAGGACGAGGGCGUGAUGGAAGAAGCAUCUUCAACUACUCCUGCGGUCGGAGCAUCUUCAGAAGAGUUGUCCUCAACAAUGGCCGCGUGCCUGCGGGAAGCGGCGUUUAAUGUGGCUUCGAUUCGCCGUAGCUGUCGUGAGAUGCAGUUUCGACUCGAUGCCUACUCUGGCACGGGCCAACAGGCGCCUGCGGAAUUGCUCGCGACGUUUGAGGAGAUGAACAGGGAACAUGACAACGUACUGGAUCGCAGCAUCGCAGGACUAGUUCAGCAUGGUGUGGUAGAAGGCGAUACUGGAGGCGCACGAAGUUCCACCGAUCAACAGCCGCAGCGUGAAGCUGUUCAUGUGGAUGGUCAGGGUCGUGUUCCUCAUGUCGAAGCAACCAGCUCGGCCGCGGCAGCGUCUAUCUCUGGAGGAGAACAACUACGUGGCCAGGAGGCUGGUGCGCACAACCAGCCUCCCGAGACAUCGGACUUGAUAUCGCCGUCUUCGGGCAAUUUACGAGAGGCGGCGGCUGCCGCUCUCCGAGGGUAUUUGUUGGGUGCAGGAGCUGCAGGUGACACUGAUGUUGCCACUCCUCGAAGUCGACGAAGCAAUCUGAAUGAGCAAGAAGAUGUCGAAAUGCAUCCAGCAAUUGUUGAAAUGAACAGCACAACCUCAACGCAACAAGCUUCUUCGGUUGCAGGGCAUACCCCUGAAGGAGGACAGCUGAGAUUAAGGCGAUAUUUCAAAUAAGUAAGUAGAUAGGUUAAGGUUUCCCGUUUACCUUUAUUACGAGUACGACGUCUAGGUUUCAGAGCAGAUAUUUGAUAUAAUUUUGUCAGCAGGUGCAGGAAAGAAGUUCAAGAAACAAGAUUAAGUCGCAACUGUUCUUUUUUUUGAGAAUCAAUCUACAUCACCUACUCCUUGCGGUUCGUUGCGUUUAAGUUAAGUAGAAGAAAUACAUCAGCAUGACGUACUUCGUGGUACAACUGUUCUAAGUACAACAGCAGCAGAGCAGGCGUCUUUUCUGGAGGGGGACGACGAAGCAGAAGGUACAACACUUCCUACCUUUGCGGUACCAGAAGCUGGCGAUGCGGAAAGAACAACAGAUGAUGCGUCGAGCCUGCGUACAAGAGAUGAGGCAGCUCCAACACCAAGUAGUCCGCAGACUGUCGUGAAUCUUAUGGUGGGUCACCAGCAUAACACGAAGUUUGUGAGUCACCAGCAUGACCACGAAUAUAGAGAUUCGCGAUCCGCCUAACGACUACAGCUAGGAAUGCCUAACGACUACAACUAGUAUGGAGGGCAAAUGUAAAUUCCAUACUAGAUCUUGAUGAAGGGUCCUCUACCUUUACCUGUAUCAAUCUGUAACAAGUCUAAGAGCUACGUAUACGAAUCACCUUCCAGCAUGGACGACUACCCUGUGCCCGGUACAGAUGCGCGAGCACGAUCUUCCGAUAUUUUUGGCCCGACGCUUUUUGAGAUGCUGGAAACGCAGGGAAACACAGCUGGAGGUGCUUUUGCCCCUCAUUUGCCCCAGGUUGUCGAAGAGGAGGAAAGCAGCGGAGGUCCGUCUCAUUAUAGUUCGUCUUCUACCCAAACUCAAGUACGCGAAGGCGCAUCUGGUACUUCUGCAAGAAGAAGUAGUACUAGCGUCGAGGACCACAGUAAUAUUAAGGGUAGCUUAAAGCAUAAGCAUCUGCAACACCAGGCGGGUAGGUUAAAGGUGUUUUUGUUGCCGUUUGUUAAUAAGUCUCUCCUAAGAAAGACAGGCAGAACAAACCGGAUUAUAUGCGAACACCGAUAAGAACCUACGCGCUCUAUCUAAUAAUAGUGAAAUCGAAAUGGUGAAGGAGAUAGCGAAUGAACUGAUGGACACUUCAGAACGACUCUUUCGAGAAGUGAUGGAGGAGUUUGUACCUGAAAUUCUCCCACAAGACACGUCAACGUCUGAAGACUUCACCAGUGUGGCCGCCAAAAGUCUUAUCAAUUAAGGCUUCCCGUUCCCCUAUUAAAAAUCGUGCUUCCAUCGACCUCAGGUUGUUCUAAAGGGCAAAAGGGCCCCGGAGGUGGGUGUAAGUAUUUCGAGAUGAGGGGCCUCCGGUUGUUCUUAAGUGGAAAAGGGUCCAGGAGGUGGAUGUAAGUAUUUCAAGAUGAGGGACGAUUAGGGCGUCGAGCUCUUCUUCUAACUUAAUGUGGCCAAUAAGCGAGGCUACACCGCUCUCCACAUCGCAGUCGAGGCUGAAGCCGUGGAUACGGUGGCGCUGCUUCUCAGGAACGGAGCUGUGGUAAGUAUUAUACUUCCACUUCAGUUGUUCUUCUAUGACAUCACCUGGGACUUCUUUUCUCCUACUCUUCACAUACUGCAACACAUUCUACAUUCGAUAUUGAUCAGGCCAACACCGAAGUCGUCUCCAGUGAUGCACCACUGAGUUUUCCGCUAUCGAGUGCAAUCGCCACUAAGAAUGUCACCUUGAUUCGCCUUCUGUGGCUCUACGGAUGUCGAGAUAUCGACUUCUCUUCGGCGGCGCCGACGCAGAAAGCACAGGUCAUCGAUACGAUGACUCGCACACUCCUCGAAAUCAUGAUCAGCCACUCAUCAACGGCAAAAGAAACCAAAAUAGAGACAUAAAACCUAAUAAUUCGAAUCAAUAGCCAACACGACAGGCUUGCCAGGUGGGGGCGCCGCCGACAGCUUCUCAGAACUGCCACGUUUCUGUUGCUCUGACGACUUGCUGAUGAUCAUUUACGACCCACGCUCACUAUCCAAGAGAGGUGCGGUGGACGUCGAAUUUUUGUCAAAUUUUUGAGACUACACCUACAGUUGUAUGAAGAUUUUGCAACUUUUAUCAGUACAAUAUCCAGAUCCAGAUCGAGUGUCCUAGUGAAGGUGAACUCCCAUGCGCAGUUUGUAUUCGGAGAAUCGCGGAGGCGGAGGUACUAUUUGGUUGUACCACGACAUACCAUUACUAAGCACAACAAUUAGAAGAACAAGAGGCUAACAUUGACAUUUCCAUUGUAGUGGUUUUGAAAUUUAAUUCAAGGAUUCCUUCUAGUCCUGAAAAAAAGUAGAAGAACUACAGGAAGCGAUGCCGGCUUCCCUAUCAACGAGUGUCAAGAACCCUCAAAAUUUUGCGGCACAUGCUAUGUGUAUGUGGUUUCUGUGCAGUUCAUUUAUCAAUGUACUAGAAGUAGUACCUGAAGAUCAUGCGAUGGUCACCUACUAGAAGUUUAGCUUUUUGUACAUACAGUGGUCCAUGAAAACGAAUGUGUGAAAUACAACAAAUAUCAGUUUCAGCAUAUUGCCGCAAUAAGUUCGUCUUACGACUCAGUUCGUUGGAAACUCUCUCAUCUACUUCCUCUAUUCGAGAAUAAAGCUUGCUAAAGUGAUUAUGGUUAGAGGUUUAUGACGUUCAAAUAAUUGUACGAGCUAGUGCUAUUAUAAUUUUUUCUCAACAUGUUGUAGUUUGAUACAUCGCAAAGAAAGAUGAAAUCCCUAGGUCUAGGACUAUGAAGAGGAUAUCAAUGACUUCUGAUAAUUGAAUUAUCAAGCAUAAGCAUUCACUUGAUAAAGUUUGCGUGUACAACACUGAAACGCAUCGCGUCUCAAGGAG